AUAAUUGUGCACAUGUUUUGGUUUUUACCGUGCUUCGCGGUUUAUUCUUAUUAAAUUGAAUAUUAAUUGUUUAGUUUUUAUAAUGUUGGCACCUAUUAAACAUUUAUUAAACAAUUACCGCAUUGUUCUUGCAAGUGGGUCACCACGUCGCAAAGAAUUAGUCCAAAUGCUGGGGCUGAAUGCAGAGCUCUGCCCUUCGACAUUUGAAGAGAAUCUGGAUAGGACAGAAUUCAAAACAUUCUCCGAUUACAUAGAGGCGACAGCCUUGGGCAAGGCAGAGGAAGUUUAUCAGCGCCUUAGCAGCGACGGCAACGGCGACGGCCGUCAGCUAAUUGUCAUAGCGGCCGACACUAUGGUUACGCUUGGAAACGAGAUCUUUGGGAAGCCCAAGGAUGCCGAUGAUGCUGUGCGCAUGCUGACAAAGCUCUCCGGCGCCUGCAAUCGUGUUUUUACGGGCGUUGUCCUGAAGCAUUCAAAUGGCGUUCGGCAAUUUACGGACACGGCGGACGUUUACUUUGGCCAGCUGACAGAGGAGCAGAUCAGGAGCUAUGUCGACAGCGGCGACCCACUCGAUAAGGCAGGCAGCUAUGGGGUGAACGGUCCGGGUGGUGCUCUGAUACCUCGCAUCGAUGGUGAUUUCUACUGUGUGAUGGGCCUGCCCCUGCAUCGUCUGUGCUGCGAGCUGAACAAACUCUUUCUGGAGGAUCUAUAGUGUAUGUGUGUGUGAGGCAGAGAAAUGAAAUGGAAAUAACAUUGCCCAAUACAAUACAAUGACAAGAAACUUCGCCAGUUUGCGCUUAUCACAAUCCAGAAUUUGUAAUCGUGCGCGUCAGAGGCUACCCUUCAAGUUCUAUUAGUCUGUAGAGUUGAUAAGGCGUCGUAUUUGUAGUCAUAAUAAUUGUUUGUUUUUGUUUGUUCAUAGACUAAAUCAAGUGUACAAAUUAAAAA